AUGCUAGGCGCACCCGUCAGCGCUAUUCCAGUCGGGACACUUUUGCUCACCGUCUUUCAGUCCAUCACAGAGGUCGUCCUACUCUGUAUCGCGGGAUACGUCCUAGCGUCCACUGGUGUCACAGACAAAGCGACGCAGCGCAAGCUCAACGUCAUCAAUGUCUCGCUCUUCACUCCCGCACUCCUUUUCAGCAAGGUGGCGUUCAGUCUUACGCCCGCCAAGCUGAAGGAGAUGUGGAUUAUUCCAUUGAGUUUCGUUGUCAUCACUGGCGUCUCCGCUCUCGUCGCGUGGUCCCUCGCCAAGCUCUUUAAACUCAACAGGUCGCAGACGGCCUUUGCCAUCUGCGCUUCCAUGUUCCAGAACUCGAACUCGCUGCCCAUCGCGCUCAUCCAGUCGCUCGUGGGCGUCGUCCCCGGCCUCAAGUGGGGCAAAGGAGACACAAAGGAUGCAAUGCUCGGCCGCGCCCUGACAUACCUCGUUCUCUACUCGACGCUGGGAAUGGUGUUACGCUGGUCGUACGGCGUCAAGCUUCUGGCCUCAGCCGACGAGGAGGAAGAGACCCCACUUCUGCUUAGCGCCGAGCCUGAGGGCCCCGCCCAGGAGACCGUUAUCUCGCCCUCCGCGGCCAGAUAUCAGUCGUUAGACGUGCUUAGCCCCGAACUGGUCGUGCGUGAAGACCCCUUCAACAACCUCGAGGCGCUUGCUGCGAGCAACCGCGCCUCGGUUUUUUUCCCGUUCGGAGGUGGCGCCCGCGGCCGUGCGAUGAGCGGCAGCAGCGACCCACGCGCUUCAUCCCUCCCAAUAUCGCCGUCCCCGUUAGGCCAGAGUCCGCGCACUUUCUCCCCCGCUGGACGGAGACAUCGUCGCGGGAGCGCCUUAAGCCGAUCGUCCUCACGCUCACGGCCAGUCAUGUCCCGAACUGACUCGGGGCGCGACUUCUGGAACCUUCCUGCUGAGCUGCCCGUGAGGCACGACCUUGUGGAUCUGGCCGAGGACAGCUCCGAGAGCGAGGCCGAGGACGCCGACGAGUGGGGAGGUCCCGAGAUGCCCCUCCUACGCCGCCGUCUCUCGCCCUCCAGGCCGUUUAUCAAGCAGGCCAUGGUGCGCGCCAGGGCAAGCGCCCUGCGUGCGUGGAACAGCUUCUACGCUUUCAUGACGGUGCCGACAUGGGCCGCACUCAUCUCGAUCAUCAUCGCUCUCAUCCCACCCCUCCAGGCGUUUGUGUCGAGCAUUAACCCCUUCGUCGCGGCCGUCAAGAGCGCCGGCCAGUGCUCGAUCCCAGUCACCCUCAUCGUCCUGGGCGCGUUCUUCUACACACCCAAGCCCGCCGUGCAUCUCCCCGACGAGAUCGACCACAGCAUCAAGGGAUACUUUGAGCGCAAGAUCCGGGCGCUCAAGACGCGCGAGAAGAGCGCGGGGUACGAGGGCGAGAACCGCGCCGUCUUCGUCGCCGUCGUCAGCCGCAUGAUACUCGUACCCCUCCUCAUCCUCCCCGUCAUCGCGUACAUUGCGCGCACGGACCCGUUCCCCGCCGCUGCCGACCCCGUGUUCAUCCUCUGCUCGGUGCUUCUCGUUUCGAGUCCACCAGCUCUCACGCUAGCACAGCUCACCCAGGCUGCGAGUGGAGACGCUUUCGAGCGCCUCAUCUCCAAGACCAUUUCAUGGUCGUAUGCGGUUCUCACGCCACCCUUGACGAUCGCUUAUGUAGUCAUCGGCCUCGUCUUCUCGAAACUGUAA